AUGUCUAUGACCUGAUCGGUGCUCUUUAGAUGAACAGUUUUCGUCAAAUUGUAGAAGGGUUUGAUCUAUUUUAAUUGAUUACGUUGUAGUUGAAUUAAAAGCACUUUUUAAAAUAAAAUUAUCAAUAAAAAUGUCUGCGUGGAGACAAGCAGGAUUGAAUUACAUCAAUUAUUCGCAAAUAGCUGCCAGGGUUGUUAGAAAAGCUUUGAAACAAGAUUUAAAAGCAGAAGCUAUGAAACGUGAUGAAGUAAAUGUAAAAUUUACACAAUGGAAAGAUGGUAAACCUGUCAGUAGUAGUAUACCACCUAGUAAAUUGAAAACGUAUCACCAUGCCGUGUGGGCUGUCGGUACCCGUGCAAUAUUUUUAUUACAGCUGAAAAGUAAUAGUGAUAAGCAUUUGUAA